CAAAAAUACUGAGUAAAAAGCCCUCCUCCUCCUCCUCCUCCUCCAUUCCAUUCUCUCACCAAACAUGGAAUUCAUUCAUAUUAUAUAUUCCCCAAUUUCUCCACCAAAACUAAACAUAUUCAGAUCAUACCUAAUAUAUUAAUAUUAUUUUAUUAUAUUAUAUAAGAUUAUGCAACCUUCCCACUCCGUCUCUCCCGCUGAUCCUUCUCUUCUCUUCUCUUCUUCAGCUCCCAGUUCCCCCUCCUUCAACGUUACAAAACCCUAAAGAAAUGGCACCCAUCGACCCCCACUCGUUCACAGACUCCACCCACCCACUAGCAACCCACGUCUCUCUCACCCUCUACGUAGACUUCUCGACCUCCACCAUCCAUGGCUCGGCCCUCGUCUCCCUCCCGAACCCUCACUCCGGCGCUCUCUCUCUCGACACUCGCUCUCUCACCAUCCACUCCAUUCGCGACCCCAUUUCCCUUGCCACCAUCCCUUAUUCCCUCUCCCCUCCUGAUCCAAUCAAGGGCUGUCACGUUACCGUCUCUCUCUCCAACCACUCCUCCUUCCUCGUCCUCUACUCCACCUCCCCGUCCUCCUCGGCCCUUCAAUGGCUCUUACCCUGGCAAACAUUCAACAAGAAGUACCCCUUCGUCUACACCCAAUGCCAGGCCAUCCACGCUCGAUCGGUCUUCCCCUGCCAGGACACUCCCGCCGCGCGCGUGCGUUACAGCUGCCGGAUCAACAUCCCGCGCCAGCUCUCAGCGGUGAUGUCCGCGCGCCACGUUGAGCGGCGCCCCCCGUUGAGCCAGGAGGCCGCGGCGUUGGUCUGCGACUCCUCGCUGUGGUGUUCGGAGGAGAGGGUCGUCGAGGAGUUCGAGAUGGAGCAGCCGAUACCGCCGUACCUUUUCGCCUUCGCGGUGGGGGAGCUAGGGUUCCGGGAGGUGGGGCCAAGGACUAGGGUUUAUGCCGAGGCGGUGCCGGGCUUGUUGGACGACGCCGCGAGGGAGUUCGCGGGAACGGAGGAUAUGAUAAGGCAAGGGGAGCGGUUGUUCGGGCCGUACGAGUGGGAGAGGUUCGAUUUGUUGGUGUUGCCACCGAGCUUCCCGUACGGGGGCAUGGAGAACCCAAGGAUGGUGUUCUUGACGCCCACUGUUAUUAAGGGUGAUGCCAGCGGGGCCCAGGUGGUGGCCCACGAGCUUGCGCAUAGUUGGACCGGGAAUUUGAUCACUAACAAGACCAAUGACCAUUUUUGGUUGAAUGAGGGGUUUACUACUUAUGCGGAGAGAAGGAUUGUCGAAGCUGUACAAGGGGAAGACAGAGCUACAUUGAAUAUUGGAAUUGGUUGGAAGGGUUUAAAUGAGGAGAUGGAGCGAUUCAAGGACAAGAUGGAGUUCACAAAACUCAAAACCAAUCAGGAAGGUGUAGACCCAGAUGAUGUCUAUUCUCAAGUCCCAUAUGAGAAAGGUUUUCAGUUUCUAUGGCGUAUUGAACGUCAGAUUGGAAGGCCUGUGUUUGAUGAAUUCCUCAAGAAAUACAUUGCCACCUUUAAGUUCCAAUCAAUUGAUACCCAGACAUUUCUGGACUUCCUGAAAGCAAACAUCCCCGGAAUAGAGAAAGACAUUGACUUGGAAUUAUGGACUGAGGGUACUGGUAUCCCUCCAGAUGCAUACGAACCAGUUUCUAAUAUAUAUACCAAGAUUGUAUCACUUGCCAAUGAGUUUAAGCUAGGGAGGAUGCCAAGAGAGGAUGAAGUUGCAGACUGGCAAGGGCAGGAAUGGGAACUCUACUUGGAGAACCUGCCCAAAUCCGUUGAAACAUCACAGGUCUUGGCCUUGGAUGAACGCUACAGGCUAUCGGAAUCAAAGGAUUAUGAGGUGAAGGUUGCCUUUCUCCAAAUGGCCAUUUCAUCUAAGUGCAGAGAUAAAUAUGGUGAGGUGGAAAAAACGUUGAAGGAAGUUGGAAGGAUGAAGUACCUUCGCCCACUUUACACUGCUCUUGUACAAGGCACUGGAAAGGAAGAGGAGAAGAUUUUGGCUGAGAGGGUGUUUGCAGAGGCUUGUGACUUUUAUCACCCCAUAGCUAAAGGGGUUGUUGCAUCAAUCUUUGCCAAGCACCUCUAGAGUAGAGUAUAUAACAAUAAUCUUCUUUGAACAGAAUUUCUUAGGCUUAUUCCGUAAAUUACUUUUUUUUGAUCUUCUAAAGUUUGUAGGCUCAUACUAUAUGUACGGAUUGUGUUGAAUGUAUCAUGCAUCUUGGAAUGAUUUUAUCUUAGUUAACUGAAAUGAUCUAAGGAGGCAAUCUAGUGUCUUUGGGUUUUGAAUUGUG